CAAAUGAAAGUCAUACGUGAUUUUCGUGGAAUUUUUUUUCGAGAGAGCUCUUUUGUGAUCAGAGCAGUGUAUUGGAUAUCAUGUCACUUUGGGUGGAGCUAAACACAGAAAAGUAUUUAAUGUGGAAAUUCAGAGAAAAGAGGUACUGGUGACAAUGGCUCUUCAAGGGUUUGCAUGGGGGAUCACUGUGAUGAUCGCGCUCUUCUUCAAAGGUGGUGACUCACAACACGCCUGUGCCCGCCCUCCAAACAACAGCAGUAUCAUCGGAGGGCAAAGUGCAUCUGCAGGAAGGUGGCCCUGGCAUGUUACCUUCACCUUGAAUGGCAACGUCCAAUGGCAGGGAUCUCUGAUCACUGACGAGUGGGUGCUGACAACGGCUCAAUAUUCAGUGUACUAUUACAAUUAUGAAGGUCAGAACAAUAGUGGAAGCUAUUACAACAAUGAUGUAGUUAUGUACUUUGGUGCCAUCAAUCAGUCUGGAUUUGGUGAAGUGACUCGGAGAAUUGCCAACUUCACCUGCAACCAAGACUACGCCUACUAUGGUGGCAACGACAUCUGCCUUGUGAAGCUGUCUGCUCCAGUCAACUUCACUGACUACAUCCGACCAGUGUGUUUGGCUGCAGAAAACAGCACUUUCCACAAUGGAACCAGCAGCUGGGUCACUGGUUUCAGUGGCACCUUAGGAUCUAUCAAGGAAAUCGAUGUAUCAGUAAUUGGGAUCAGAAAAUGCAACUGCAGCUACAACAACAAUUACUACUUCUACUACCACUACUUCUAUCGAAUAACUGAGACAGUGAUGUGUGCUGGAAAUGAAGAUGUUUCAAAGAGAACAUCUUACAGAGAUGAAGGCGCAGCUCUAGUGACCAAGAAAGACUCCAUCUGGGUCCAGAGUGGGAUUCUGAGUAAAGCCUGGCUGUCUGAAAUUGGUGUCUAUACUCGUGUGUCCCUGUACCAGAAAUGGAUCACAGACAGAGUCACUGGCAUGAAACCAGGCUUUGUUACCUACACCUCCCGAGGCAUUGACAGCGACUUGACCUACACCUGUCCUUCACCGGCAACUACCACCGUGUAUCCUUACUACACUCGGGCCCCGACCACUGAUGACAGCAUAUUUGCCAGUGGUGAAUCUCUGAUUGCCUUUGCUCGAGUCUUCCCUCUCUCUGCUCUUGUUCUGUUUCUCCAUCUGUUUGUUGGUGGUGCUGGAAACUAACUCAUAAUGUUCACUUAUGCACUCCAGUUCACAACAAACAUCAGCUCUCUUCAUUAGAAUCGAAAUGUUGAUAGUGUUAGUCUGAUUUAGUUUUAUUUCACAAAUUAAGAUUGCUACAAAACAAAUGAAGGGUUUAGUAAGUUUAUCUGGUAAUUAGUUUAACAAACCUCUCAAAAUUGAAAGAUUUUUUUUUCUGUUCUUCGCAUUGUGUUCACUGUAAAUGCCAAUUUAAUCGAGUGUUUAACAGACAACAGGUUUGGGAUUUUUAGCAACCAAUCACACUGUUAUUUUAUUAAAUAUGAAACAAUCAACUGGUGAUUAGUAAUGAAUAAACUGAUUAAAACCAA